AAUGUCACUGUGUAGUCCAUACUUCAGAGCUCUCUUCACUUCAAAGAUCAACAAACACCCCCGUAGAGAGUUCAGAAUACCAGGAAUUGGAACGGAUAUGCUAUCACUCAUCAUAUACUAUGCUUAUACAGGUAAAACCGGAGUUACGGAGGAAAACGUGGCAAGUUUACUUCCAGCCGCGGACCAGUUCUGCGUCGACGGAAUGAUAGAAGAUUGCAGCCAUUUUUUAAUCGAGAGGAUGAACUACGAGAAUUGCAUCGGCAUCGGACAAUUUGCGAGAUGUUACUUCGUAUUUAGUCUGGAGACAACAGUAUAUUGGUACUUGAUGAGCCAUUUUGUAGAAGUAGUUCGGAAGAGUGAAGAUUUUUUGGAAUUGCCUCUGCAAGAUGUUAUAAAAUUGCUGAAUUCUGACAGAAUCAAUGUGCGCAGCGAAGAAACAGUUUGGGAAGCCGGCAUCCGUUGGAUCGAUCACAAGGUUGAUGAGAGGCGGCAAUACAUUGAUUCUAUAAUGAGAUGUGUCCGACUUGGUUUACUUGACACUCAGUACUUCAUUGAAAAAGUCAAGAAGCACCACUAUCUCGAGAACAACGAGAGCUGCGACGACAUAGUGAUUGAGACACAGGGAUUUCUGUAUGACGUGGCAACGAUAUCGCAGAAAGUGGCAGAAGUAGAGAUGCCGAUACUUGCCAUUCCACGAAUACCAUAUGCAGUCCUCUUCACAAUCGGAGGAUGGAGUGGGGGUCCAACAAAUGUUAUAGAGACGUAUGACGCAAAAGCAGAUAGAUGGAUAAAGGUACGUAUGACAGAUCCCUUUGGUCCUCGAGCUUACCACAAACUGGCGGUCAUCGGAACUGACAUCUACGUCAUCGGUGGCUUUGAUGGUCUUAACUACUUCAACGACUGCCUUCGGUUUAAUGUUGUCACUAAAGAAUGGUCAGAAGUGGCUCCGAUGCAAUGCAAAAGGUGUUACGUAAGUGUAGCUUGUUUGAAUAACGUUAUAUACGCGAUAGGAGGCUAUGAUGGACAUUAUAGGCAGAAUACAGUGGAGAGAUACGAUAUCAAGACAAAUCAAUGGACAUUUGUUGCCCCCAUGAAUGUUCAGCGGAGUGAUGCGGAUGCUACAACUUUGAACGAUCGUAUUUACGCUGUGGGUGGCUUCAGUGGCAAUGAAUGUUUGGCGUGCGGGGAAUAUUACGAUCCGAUUACUGACCAGUGGUCACUUUUAACUUCUAUGAGUCAGAGAAGAUCUGGAGUGUCUGUCAUAGCUCACCGCGGAUGCAUAUUUGCUCUGGGUGGAUUCAACGGUCUGUCAAGGCUUAAAGAUGGGGAAAAGUAUAAUCCCUUAACAGAUGAAUGGUAUAAUAUUGCGGAAAUGAGUUACCCAAGAAGCAACUUUGCCGUCCAAGUACUGGAUGGAAUGAUCUUUGUAAUUGGUGGAUUUGAUGGGGCGACAACGAUCGGCAAAGUAGAAUGUUAUGAUGAUCGUGAAAACGAGUGGUACGAAGCAACAUCUAUGAAUACUUCUCGGUCUGCCCUGGCCGCGAGUGUGUUGCCGAGGCUGCCUAAUGUCGACGAUUAUAUCUACAAGAAUAGGAGUGGUCUCUUGGAAGAGUUACGUCUGAAAGUGAGACAUCAAACAGAAGGAUCUAGAAAUCGAUACAAUGCUUUUAUGGAUUAUGGAGAACUCAGAUUAGGUUGA